AUGCUUCUGUCGCUAGCGGGCUUCACUCACAGCUUCAAGCCACUGUCUUCUGAGGGUUCAAACCACCGUGACAUCACGCGGAUUGCAGUACUGAGAAAGACAGCUGAAGUCUGCCGAGACAUUGCUAUCUCUAAGGGACAGGACUUCAACCUGGUGAUUGAUGACAGCCUGACACCCGGUAUGGUGCAAAGGGCCUGUUCACCAGAUGACUCUACAGUCAAGUUCAUCUUCACCAGUGUCAUUUUCCAAGGCGCCCUUCUGGAUAUGUACAUGAACAAUGCUUUGAUUGACAUUGUGUUCGCUCUAAGUUCUAAGCACCAUUUUGAUGAUGAGACAUUUGCUGAAGGACGGGAUCUGAUCAAAGCAGGUGUGACUGUUGUGAAAAAACACGUGGAGUUGGAGUUGUUUGUCGAAGGGAGGAUAAUUCUAGCAACAACUUUUCACACACUGCAGGACUUCUACAGCCACAGUAACUGGGUUGAGCUGGGGAACCGGGCUCCUUACAAAGCCCUGAUCAAACCAAGUACUGACCUGAUGAAUCUGGCAGGCAUAGAGACUCCAACAUGUAGGAACUGCACAGAAGGGAACUGUGAUGACAACAUUCUACCAGAGAUGAUCACAAAUAACAUUCUCACUUCAGGUUACUUCAACCUCUUCUCCGAAGAAAAACCUCCAGGUAAAUGCAGUCAUGGCGGUUUUGGUGACCAGACACGCAAAAAGGAUCCAGUGGGGGGCAUCAAUAAGGACACUGUUCAGGCAGAUCAUGGCAAAGAUCACCAUAAAGCUGCUGAUGUGGCUGUGCUUGCCACUAUGGAGCUACUGGAGGAUAUCAGGCUAGCUGUUGGAGGCCCCGAUUUCCUGAGACUGAUGGGGGUCUCCCAGUCCUCUGCACUGUGUUUUGUCAUUGACACCACUGGAAGUAUGGGUGAUGACAUCGCUGAGGUUAGGAGACUCGCUGCUGAUAUCAUUGACAGGAGGAAGGGAACCCCGGCAGAGCCAUUGCCCUACAUAUUGGUUCCUUUCAAUGACCCAGAUUUUGGACCUGUGACUAAGACAACAGAUUCAGAUGUUUUCAAAAUAAGAGUCAAUAAUUUGGUUCCACACGGAGGAGGAGAUUCCCCAGAGAUGGCCAUGUCUGGACUGCAGCUUGCCCUGAUGGCGGUGCCACCAUACUCUGAAAUUUUUGUCUUCACUGAUGCUGGAGCCAAAGAUGCUCACCUGAAAAAUACUGUCAAGGCUCUUAUAGAGACCACGAAGUCUACGGUAACUUUCUUACUGACAGGUUUCUCCUUCAGGCGCCGGCGUCGCAGUAAUGGCCAACAUGUGAGUUCACUUGCUCUGGAACAAGCCGAUUCAGCAUUGUACAAUGAAUUGGCCAGAGCGUCUGGAGGUACCACCAUUGAGGUCUCCAAGGCAGACAUCUCAAAGGCCACAGCCAUUGUAGAAGACAUAUCAGCCACAGCUGUGGUUACAGUUUUUCAGGUAUCGGUGAAUCCCGCGAGGCCAGACACUUUUACUUUCUUUGUUGAUGCAUCAUUAAUCAACAUGACUGCCUAUAUCACAGGAACAUCUCUGACCUUCAUCCUCAAGAACCCCGAAGAUGUGACUCAGAAUUCCAGUCAGUCCAGCGGCCCUCUGGGAUCUUUCUCCAAAGUUGGAAACCUGUAUCGUUUACAGAUCAAUGCUGAGAAUCAGACAGGAUUAUGGGAACUCACCGUUACAUCUAAUAAUCCAUACUCGAUUAAGGUCACAGGCCAAAGUUCAAUCAACUUUGUCUUUAACCUUGUGGAAAAGCAUGGAGGAGCCCAUUCAGAUUGUGGACCAAAAACGGGGCGUCCUCUUACAGGUGGCAACAUCAGCCUGAUGAUAACUGUGACAGACAGCGACACAGUCAAUCUCACCGACGUCACUCUCGUUGACAUAGCGGGGACAACUGAGAUCCCGGGUUCAUUACAGUUUUUUGACAGUGAUUCUGUCUUUGCGACAUUUACUGGUGUCCCAGAUGGAGAGAAUGUGGUUCGCCUGAAGGGAACUGAGAACUCCACCUCAACACCGAGUCAAUUCCAGAGACAAGCAUCCGCACAGAUCAAGAUGUCCACCAUCUCUGUUACUACAGAAUCCAACAGCACCGGCAUAGAACCAGGCUCAACCAUCAACAUCAACUUCACAGUGUCCAUAACCUCUAAUGAUACGGUUGAUGCUAAUGCAACCGAGACAUUCACUGUGACAGCCAACAAUGACCAGCGUUAUCCAUCAACUUCACCCACAACACUUACAAUAGCACCAGGUGAUGGAGGUCAAGCAAGUGGCAUUGUGACAUUAACGGCACCAUCCAAUGCUACGUCAGGAACAGGUGUGACUCUUACUAUUGAAGUUCGAAACUCAGCUGGAAGUGACCUCAACUACGCCGUGCUCCAAUUUUCUGUAAAUGCUAAGGUGACAGAUUUCACAGAACCUAUGUGUGAGGUGGUCAGUUUAUCAGGCAACUGUUCAGUCUCCCCAUCUCUGUGUGGUUCGUCCCAGUGGACAUUCUCUGCCAACUUCACCGAUGGCGUCAAUGGCACUGGCAUCCAGCGUGUCAGCAUCCGCCAAGGGAAUGGAACCCUCAACACCAGUAUGGCUGUAGGAGCAGGAGGUGAGAACAUUACUGUGGUCACCUACAUCGCAUCCUGCUGUUCACCCACUUUAGAGCUGGUUGCUGUGGACAGCGUGGGAAAUGUGGGGACGUGUGCCGGACAAGUUAACAUCACUGUGGACACCACACCAGCUCCUGUGGUGACAUCCCCAUCAGCUACAGUUAACACAACAGCCAGCGGAGGGAACAAUUUGAACAUAUCCCACUGCCUUUGGAUCGGUGUUGUGAUUUCUCUCAUUUGGAAGUAA